AUGAGCCUAGAAUCCUCGCUAGAGCUCUUCUGUGCUGUGCUUGUCUCGGUCUUUUACUCUGCCAUAUCCUAUCUACUGGGUCGCCCCUUCUUCGGCCACAGGUUGUCCAUCGGACGCCUCACACUCUGGACAGCUCGCGAAGUGCACUUCGAAGCCGCCCUGUUCAGCAAGACCUACCGAUGCUCGUUCAGAAUCCCCUUGAUCGCAUGGUCCUUCCACAUUCCGCACUCUGUCGAGCCCCGUUGGUGCACGAUCACUUUGCACGACAUCUUCUACAACUCUCCCACCGGCGACAUCUCAAUCGGGCGGUUCGAACUCGUAUUAUGGUUCUUCCCAGUGUUCUUUCGACAAAGCACGCAGCCGUGGGGUAACGUCGUCAUCGACGAUUUCCGCGUCCUCGUCUUCAAGAGCAUACAGACCCCAUACUAUAUUCACCGCCUGCGUGAGAAGCUCGUCAGCGCGCUCCUGACCGGCGACGUCAUGCGUUGUGACAUGGCUCGCACGACGUGUCGCUUUUCCGGUGUGUCCGACUUAGUUUCAGACGGCCGCUACACGACCGUACCGAUGCGGACGUCCGACAAGGACGAGAUGUGCUUCAGUUGGCUAUCUCGACAACUGCAUAUCUACAACUGCGACAGCCGCGUGUAUGCCUUCGGCUCCAUCGAUGCUCAGGUGCGUCGCAGCUGGUCAGAGGACCGCGGGAGCUUCGUUAUGAACGCCGAAGAGCUACGAUGGGUACAUGUACCCUAUCCUUUUGAGAUGGUAUCACCUCGAGGUGGAUUAACUCAACUGUUCUCUUCCCUCUUCCACUUUCCACUGGACUUGAUGCGGAUAAUACACAGUCCAUCUACUAGUGUCAAUCUCCUCAUCACGCGUCUUGAUGUCAGAUUCGAUGCUUUCCGAAUCCGUGACGCCGAGAUGCUCAGGCAAGGUCUACUCCUGCUCCGAGAGAAAGCGAAGGCAAACAACAUCCAUUGGAACGAUCUCUUCGUCGAUGCCCUCGCAUACGUUCUUACACUCUGA